ACGCACUGCUGUUGCUGCUGCGGAAGAUCUACGCGGUAGCUAGCUCACCUCGGCGAAACGAGCACCAUUUCCACACUGGAGCUUCGUGGUGAAAUAUUUUCACUGCAGCGCUAGCUGUAGUUUCUUCAGUUUUUCAUGCUACAGCCAGUACAGGCAGCCUUUAGACGAGUUGUUGUAGGCAGCGAGGUGGUGUUAGUUUGGCCGUCUGCUGCUUCGUGUCGAAGUUUGUUUGGUUGCAGGCUGUGUAAGAAUCUGUUUGUUGGCCAAAGGGUUUCAUCGAAGUUUCCUUGUGGCUCGGAGGCUCCAUUCGACUGCUCCAUACCGUCACGACGUAGAGAACCGGUACCCGCGGCCUAUCCACCCACGACGUUCAAAGUCGUGUCCAGGAUUCAAGCAAACCGUGACUCCUGGCUGCAGGAGCGCUCGCCACUGGACGUUCAUCGUCCCCGUUUGUCAUGGUGUUCCAGUGAUUCUGGAUGGUGACUGACGUCCGUGACUUUUGUUGUUGUCGCAGUCAUGGCUACAGCAGAGAACCACGCGGUCAACACAUGGCCAUGGUCAAGCCAGAUGUUCCGCAAGUGGAUCCCACGCCUCCAAACAGCGCUCAGCUGCGAUGCAAUUCGUGUUGAAUGCUGUGCCAAGCGGUUGAUCUCCGAUGCGCAGAAGAAGGAAUUGAUGGCGAUAAAAGAUUCUGCCAAACACAAUGACCGACUGCUAGAUAUGCUGAGCAGGGGUACAGCUGAGACUUUCCACACCUUCUGUAGUAUUGUGCGUAGCACCGAACCUGAAGAAAACUUUUCAAAGUUCCUAGAUGACAUGCAGUCAGUGGAUACCUUUGUUGGAGGCAGUGAAGAUGCAGCAACUAGAGUAACUCAACGUCAAUCAGACCAGUUCAGCAGGAAACCAUUACCAUCACCCAGCCAAACAACUCGGUCUCCGCCAGCCACAGCACCCAGACCAAAGCCUAUUGUUGAACCCCAGGCCACCCACGCAUUUCCCUCCAAGCGCAGCAGUAUCUCCGAAAGGAAAGCGGCCUUGAAUCCAGCCAGCCAGGAAGGGAAACUGGCUGGAACUUUACCUUCGAAACCUAGUCGAGCCCCCAAGCCUCCCACUCGCCCAAAGCCCGUCACUCCCCACAACACAUCAAGAACAGUGGAAACUGAGGAUCCCGCUACGGUUCACAGUGUGCAGCCGGUAGUGACUUCUGAUCCCGUUUCUCCUUCACGACCACCGCUCUGUGACCGCACACUUCUAGCGGCAGGCAGUACCCAACCAGAUGGCACUGAGGCGGCGACAUCUGGCCCAGCUGAUCCCAAGUCCUCUCCGAAACCUGGACAAGCUGCUCCGUCCAGGUCUGCUAGUGUCUCUACACUUAAAUCUAGUUUUGAAUCGGAUAGGCAAGAAACAGGGAGACUGGUCCCGGAUCGAGCCCCGAAGCCAAAACAGCGCUCAAACUCCACGUCAAUUGCCAGCACAGCUAGCUUGGACAGGAGCCCAGCCAUAGCAGUUGGCAAAGACACGGGCGGACAUGCGGUGCAGCAUGUACAGCAACCAGCGCCCCCCGCAGAAGGCUUAUCUGCCAAGCACAUUGCUCCGCCUAAGACUGGACGCGAGUCGAUCGCCAAGACAGUAACAGGAGAUUCAGCAACGCCUCCCCGUGCAAACUCUCUGGGUCAAGCAGGCAACACAGGGCCAUGGUCAAGCCAGCAUUUCCGCAGUGAAGAUGCAGCAACUAGAGUAACUCAACGUCAAUCAGACCAGUUCAGCAGGAACCCAUUACCAUCACCCAGCCAAACAACUCGGUCUCCGCCAGCCACAGCACCCAAACCAAAGCCUAUUGUUGAACCCCAGGCCACUCACGCAUCUCCCUCCAAGCGCAGCAGUAUCUCCGAAAGGAAAGCGGCCUUGAAUCCAGCCAGCCAGGAAGGGAAACUGGCUGGAACUUUACCUUCGAAACCCAGUCGAGCCCCCCAGCCUCCUACUCGCCCAAAGCCCGUCACUCCCCACAACACAUCAAGAACAGUGGAAACUAAGGAUCCCGCUACGGUUCACAGUGUGCAGCCGGUAGUGACUUCUGAUCCCGUUUCUCCUUCACGACCACCGCUCUGUGACCGCACAUUACUAGCGGCAGGCGGUAACCAACCAGAUGGCACUGAGGCGGCGACAUCUGGCCCAGCUGAUCCCAAGUCCUCUCCGAAACCUGGACAAGCUGCUCUUUUGAGGUCUGCUAAUGCCUCUACACUUGAAUCUAGUUUUGAAUGGGAUAGGCAAGAAACAGGGAGACUGGUCCCGGAUCGAGCCCUAAAGCCAAAACAGCGCCCAAACUCCACGUCAAUUGCCAGCACAGCUUGCUUGGACAGGAGCCCAGCCAUAGCAGUUGGCAAAGACACGGGCGGACAUGCGGUGCAGCUUGUACAGCAACCAGCGCCCCCCGCAGAAAGCUUAUCUGCCAAGCACAUUGCUCCGCCUAAGACUGGACGCGAGUCGAUCGCCAAGACAGUAACAGGAGAUUCAGCAACGCCUCCCCGUGCAAACUCUCUGGGUCAAGCAGGCAACACAGGGCCAUGGUUAAGCCAGCAUUUCCGCAGUGAAGAUGCAGCAACUAGAGUAACUCAACGUCAAUCAGACCAGUUCAGCAGAAACCCAUUACCAUCACCCAGCCAAACAACUCGGUCUCCGCCAGCCACAGCACCCAAACCAAAGCCCAUUGUUGAACCCCAGGCCACUCACGCAUCGCCCUCCAAGCGCAGCAGUAUCUCCGAAAGGUUAGCGGCCUCGAAUUCAGCCAGCCAGGAAGGGAAACUGGCUGGAACUUUACCUUCGAAACCUAGUCUAGCCCCCAAGCCUCCCACUCGCCCAAAGCCCGUCACUCCCCACAACACAUCAAGAACAGUGGAAACUAAGGAUCCCGCUACGGUUCACAGUGUGCAGCCGGUAGUGACUUCUGAUCCCGUUUCUCCUCCACGACCAUCGCUCUGUGACCGCCCACUACUAGCGGCUGGCGGCAACCAGCCAGAUGGCACUGAGACGGCGACAUCUGGCCCAGCUGAUCCCAAGUCCUCUCCGAAACCUGGACAAGCUGCUCUUUUGAGGUCUGCUAGUGCCUCUACACUUGAAUCUAGUUUUGAAUGGGAUAGGCAAGAAACAGGGAGACUGGUCCCGGAUCGAGCCCCAAAGCCAAAACAGCGCCCAAACUCCACGUCAAUUGCCAGCACAGCUAGCUUGGCCAGGAGCCCAGCAAUAGCAGUUGGCGAAGACACGGGCGGACAUGCGGUGCAGCAUGGACAGCAACCAGCGCCCCCCGCAGAAGGCUUAUCUGCCAAGCACAUUGCUCCGCCUAAGACUGGACGCGAGUCGAUCGCCAAGACGGUAACAGGAGAUUCAGCAACGCCUCCCCGUGCAAACUCUCUGGGUCAAGCAGGCAACACAGAGCCAUGUUCAAGCCAGGAGUUCCGCAGUGAAGAUGCAGCAAAUAGAGUAACUCGACGUCAACCAGCCCAGUUCUUCAGGAACCCAUUACCAUCACCCAGCCAAGCAACUAAGUCUCCGCCAGCCCCAGCACCCGAACCAAAGCCUGUUGUUGAACCCCAGGCUACUCACACGUCUCCCUCCAAGCCCGGCAGUGUCUCCGCAAGGAAGGUAGCCUUGAAUUCAGCCGGCCAGGAAGGGAAACUGGCUGGAACUCAGCCUUUGAAAUCCAGUCAAGCCCCCCAGCUUCCUACUCGCCCAACGCCCGUCACUCCCUACAACACAGCAAGCCCAGUGGAAACUAAGGAUCCCGCUACGGUUCACAGAGUGCAGCCGGUAGUGACUUCUGAUCCAGUAUCUCCUCCACGACCGCUGCUCUGUGACCGCACACUAAUAGCGGCUGGCGGUAACCGACCAGAUGGCACUCAGGCGGCGACAUCCACCCCAGCUGAUCCCAAGCCUUCUUCUAAACCUAGACAAGCUGUUCCUUCCAAGUCUGCUAGUGACUCCACACUAGCAUCCAGUUUUGAAUCGGAUAGGUACGAAACAGUCAGACUGGAUUCGAAUCAAGCACCAGAGCAAAAACCGCACCAAAAGUCUCAAGCUGGUACCAGGCCAGCUAGCUUAGCCAUUGACCAAGCAAUAGCUGUUGGCAAAGACCCUGAUAAACAUGCAGUGCAGCAUGUCCAGCGACCAGCGCCCCCCGCAGAAACCUUAUCUGCCAAGCAAACUGCUCCGUCUAAGACUGGACGCUUUUGGAGCCGCAAGAAGGCAACAGGAGAUUCAGCAACGUCUCCCCGGGCAAACUCCCAUAGCCAAGCGGGCAACACAGGGCCAUGGUCAAGUCGAGUGUUCCGCAAGUGGAUCCCACGCCUCCAAGCAACGCUCAGCUGCAGCACAAUCCGCAUGGAAUGCCUGGGCAAAGAUUUGAUCUCCGAUAUGCAGAAGAAGGAAUUGAUGGCGAUAAAAGAUUCUGCCACACACAAUGAGCUUCUCCUAGAUAUGCUGAGCAGGGGUACAGCUAAGACUUUCCACAUUUUCUGUAGUAUUGUGCGUAGCGCCGAACCUGAAGCAAACUUUUCAAAGUUCCUAGAUGACAUGCAGUCAGUGGAUACCUUUGUUGCAGUUUCUCCGGAAUGCCAAAAAGACUGCAAUAAAGUAGUAGACCUGAUGAAAGAGUUCUCAGCACCGGAACGUCAACGGGUGGUCCACACUGCCGAGGAUGUGGCACGAAUGCGCACGUCACAGACCGUCCUUGACAAGAGAAAGAAACCCAUCCACGUACCACAGCCAACCUCGCCUGUGAACGUAGACUUGCUGAGCAUGCGGAACAUGGGACAAGAACAACGGCGAGCAGUAUUGACUGAAAUCGACCGCUUGGCGUCCAGCGCUAGCAUCACUGAUGACCGUGAGGCACAGGAAUGGCAGUACCAGGGUCAGGUUACACGGGCGGACGGCCAAGUUGACAUAUCGCCAGCUGAUAUACAUAGAGAGUUAAGUAAGCACCCUUGUUUCAUCAGCAUCGGCACUGAAUCUGCAAGGGACAACCGUAGCAUUUCAGAGACCAAGCAGUAUUUGAAGGAUACUGGCUUCAUCGACGAGAACACUGUCGUCACAGAGACCACUGGCUAUCUCGAGGUGCUAGUGAGCGUGCCUGUGAACAUACUGGCCAUUCGUGGCAGCAAACGACUGAAGUUUACAGAUCAGAGGUCGUCUAUAGUGAAGUUCAUCAUCGACUGUGAAUAUAAUCACACGGUCCCGAGUUUCAUUGAAAGAGUCGUACGUAAUCUCCGCAAUCUUCUUGGUGAUGAGAGUAUCCAUGCCGACGGUGUACACGGCGAGAGCGGAGGCACAGCAGUGUUUGUACAGAUGUCUGCCAAGGCUCAUGCAAGGCUUUGGGAGUUCUGUAAGGGUCAAUCUAGCCUGCUCGCUGGUCUGCACAUUCUCGAAGUGUCAACUGUGGACGGAGCAGUUGUCUUCAAUUUGCGUCCCACUGCAUGCAGUGACGAAGGUAUUAAUCCUGACGACCAGAAGCGCUUGGUUGAAGAGUUCUCCGGGAGAUUUCCAUCCUUGGACCAGGAUGAUCUGUCUGUCGCUGUGGCUGACCAACCAGACGUUGAGCAUGCAGUGAUUGCAGCGACCAAGCUCGUCUUCGAUGAAGGCGGAGCAUGCUUGAAUGCACUGCCUGAGAUUCUUGGUGGUGUGUCGGCAAGAAAGACAACUUCUAUCCCUGCUCACGUUCACCGUGUAGCGGCAAGAAAGGCAACUUCGACCUCUGCUCACAUUGAUCAUCCUGAAGAGGCCAUUUCAACCCAUGUCUCUGCCAAUUCUGAACACGCAGCAGAAAUCCAGGGAGCUGACAAUGAGCUGUCUCUCCGGCCGCAACUUAAGUCCCAGUGGUCUUUUCGUGGCAGUGGACCUGAUAGCUGGCUACGUUACUAUCGUUGUACCAUGUACAACGGGCAUGCUUACAUUGUGUGCCAGGAGGAAGAGGAGGAAGGACCAAUGAUCUACCGGUCUACUCAUUCUCUCAAGGAAAGUCUUCAGGUGGCAUGGACAAGAGUAAUCGCCAUUGACAACCCACACUUUUGUUUAUGCAGGACCUUUUGCAUUCAUAAUGAAAAAAUGUACUUUGCAAGUGUUAGUGCUAGGUAUACAUGUAUCCCCAAGAUCCAUGUUGUAGAUCUACAGGGAAACUGUGGUACUAGAGAAAUACAAUGCGAUUGUAUCCCAGUAGAUACGAGUAUGGAUACAUAUUUAGAAUCUUUUGUGGAUGUAUUUAUAACCCAGUCAGCGCUUCUAAUAGUAUGCUUCUGGCGCAAUCAUUUCUUAGAAGUUAUUUCAUUAGAUACCAGACAUGAUGGUGCAGUAUGGGCAAAAUUGGAUCCGCUCAUCAUGCUGAAGCCGCCGGUCAGCGUCUGCAGCACAGACAGUACUCUGUUUGUGAUACCAACAGGAGACCUCAAUGAUGCGCAUUUGUCAAUCAUGAAGUUGGAUGUAAGUGAGGAAAGUCUGCGAAUGCCAUCAUGGCUCGAGAUCAAAGUGGACAUGCCUGAGACUCUUGAUGUACAUGUAUACCGUUAUCCUGUAGCAGCUGUGGGUAACACUAUAAUCAUGCCCGUGCUCUAUAGAGAUGAUGAUGAUGAUGAUAAAUUAGUCGAUGGUGUGAUGUGUGUUGAUUGUAGUACGUGUAUAGGCCGGUGUUCUUCUGUCUUGCCGUCGCCAUCCACUACAUCCCCUACAUGGCAGUUGAUGGGGGAUGGCGAUACACUUAUUUCACUCCACCUUGAUAACUCAGUGUAUACUCUUCAGCUAUCUGACCAUUUGUAGACACCAGUGAUUGAUCGUCUUCUACAUGCAUGUAUGCCAAGGCGGUGUACAAUGUAGAUAUUCUGCUGCGGCUAGGUCAUGUGAUGGACAACUGGUGCAAACUGUGUGUGUUUUUGUGAUCCUGAGUUUUUUCGUUUGCACAUGCAUACCCUGUUCUGCUGGGGACCCAUAUGCAUGAUGUUUUUGGUGUCCAGUUCUUUCAGGCCAUCAUUCUACAUAGGCACUGUCCUGAAAUGCUUAUUGUCUAUGUACAUAUUAUACAUUGGGUUGGAGGCAUAUUAUAAUUAUAUAGAUAUUAUGUAUAUAGAAUGCUGUCCAUGGAUUGGAUAUGAUGUAUUAUAUACAUAGAAUAUUAGUUCUAAAACUCAACAGCUCUCUACACGUACAUACUCAUUAUAUCUGUGUACAAGUCUUUCUUGUCAGUGAUUGACAAAACCCCAUAGCUU